CCACCUCCUCCGGCUGCAGCGGGCGAGGACUCGUCCGGGGACAUAAAUAAAUAAAUAAUUCCAUUCACCCGGUGACAGUGAGGCGAACCGGCGGCGGCCGGCGGGAAACGGAUCGCUGCAGCGCCCACCCUGUGCCGGAGACCAGGAGUCACUCUUAAGAUGUGAUGCUUUCCUGUGAAACCUUAGACACAGGAAUCUUGGCAACCAAAGGACUCUAGGACUCUGUGCCAAUAGAGCUGCUUUAUAAUCCAGAGUCUGCUCUACCUCUCUUCCUUUGUAUUGCCUUCAAAUAUCACACUUCAAGCAAUAGUGACAAGGCUUAACAAUAUCACACAUUAUCCAAAGAAAUCUGUUCAAGUGAGCGUCUGUCAACAGGUUACUUGAAUUCCAAAUAGAGGAGUGGAAAUGCCACCCCCAGCAGGUGCGCCACCGCUGCAUCCACCUCCUGAUGGAGGAUGGGGCUGGGUUGUGGUUGGAGCAGCUUUUAUCUCCAUUGGAUUUUCUUAUGCAUUUCCCAAAGCUGUCACAGUUUUCUUCAAAGAAAUUCAGCUAAUAUUCAACACUACCUACAGUGAAAUAGCAUGGAUAUCAUCCACUAUGCUAGCUGUUAUGUACGCAGGAGGUCCCAUAAGUAGUGUUUUGGUGAAUAAAUACGGUAGCCGGCCAGUGGUGAUGGUAGGAGGUUUGUUAUGCUGUUUGGGAAUGGUCACAGCCUCUUUUAGUACCAGCGUAGUAGAGCUUUACAUCACCAUGGGAUUCAUUUGCGGUUUAGGUCUAGCCUUCAACCUGCAACCCGCCUUAACAAUCCUUGGCAAGUACUUCUAUAAGAAACGGCCUAUGGCGAGUGGCCUCGCAAUGGCAGGAAGUCCUGUUUUCCUAAGUACACUGGCUCCUUUCAAUCAGUACCUCUUUAAUACUUAUGGCUGGAAAGGAAGCUUCUUAAUUUUGGGAGGUUUAUUGUUGAACUCCUGUGUGGCUGGGUCCCUUAUGAGACCUGUUGGACCCAAACUAACUACUAAGAAGUCUAAAAAUAAGGUUGAUAUAAGAGCGACUGAUUCAGGCAUGAAGAAAAGACAUAAGAAGAAGUCAAUAUGGGCAAAAAUUGUUAAGUAUUUAGAUUUCUCCCUUUUUAAGCAUAGGGGAUUUCUGAUAUACUUAUCUGGAAAUGUCAUUAUGUUUCUGGGGUUCUUUGCCCCCAUUAUAUUCUUGGCUCCAUAUGCUAAAGACAAAGGAAUUGAUGAAUAUUCUGCAGCUUUCUUGCUGUCUGUUAUGGCUUUUGUUGAUAUGUUUGCCAGACCUACCGUAGGAUUCAUUGCAAACACCAAAUUAAUCCGACCCCGAAUCCAGUACUUCUUCAGUUUUGCGGUUUUGUUCAAUGGAUUGUGUCAUCUCUUAUGCCCGUUGGCUGAGGACUACCCAAGCCUGGUGGUGUAUGCUGUAUUUUUUGGCCUUGGAUUUGGGAGUGUUAGCAGUAUCCUCUUUGAAAGUCUCAUGGACCUUGUUGGUGCUCAAAGAUUUUCCAGUGCUGUGGGUCUCGUCACAGUUGUGGAGUGUUGCCCCGUCCUUCUUGGUCCUCCUCUUGCUGGUAAAUUGGUGGAUGAAACUGGACAAUAUAAAUACAUGUAUGUGGCCUGUGGAGCUAUUGUAGUCCUAGCCAGUGUGUGGCUGCUCAUUGGCAAUGCUAUAAACUACAGACUGCUCGCAAAGGAAAAGAAGUUGAAAGAGACAACAAAGAAAAUACAUACACCUGAGUCCCAAGAAUCUGAAUCCUUGAAGACAUCCAAAAGUCAUGAUGUUAAUGUCAAAAGUAUCAAAAGUCAAAAGUCAAAAGGAUCAGGGGUUAAUCCCUCAGAAAGAGAAACUAAUAUUUAACAAGAAUCACAUCUCUAAUUUCAGUGUUUAUGACUUUCUUAGGAGUAUUUUUUUUCAACAUAUUAGAAGGUUUUUAGUUGAAAUGAGGAGUCAUAAUUAAGUAUGGAAAAGAGAUUUUCCUUAAUGGCAAAAUUUUUUAAAGUUUGUUUUUAAAACUUAUUUGGGCAGUUAAGUUUUAAGAUUAUGCAUAUAAAGAAUUCAUGCAAUGGGUUUAUUUCCAUACAUGGCUCUGGUUGCGGUAGUUAACAUGAUUUUGAAGUCUUCCAGUGACUUCCAUCUUGGUUAUAGAGAUCUGAAUCCCAUACCACUGGUUUAAGUAGUUAGAAGGAGUAUGUUUAAUCCUGUAAGACUAUCCUCUCCACGUUUCAUUUUUUAUUUGAUAUUAAAGUGUGAAAUGGAAUUGAAGGAAAUGAAUUUUUCCCAAACAUACACACACUGACUUUCACACAUUUAAGAACAAGCACACAGGGCAUUUGGAGAAAAAAGACAAGUUCAAAAAGAAUAUUAUCACUGCAUUUUUUUGAAUCCAUGGAGAAAAAAGAAAUGUGUUACAUCUGCAUACUACUUUACAGUGUGGAUUUUAAAGAUAAGAACAUGGGUGAAAAUGAGGGUGGCCUUAAUUUGAAAAUACAACUAACUGCUGUAAAAAAAAAAAAAAAAGCAUAUGCAUAUAUGAAAUAAAUUUGAAAAAACUCCAUUUUAAACCAUUAUUUCUGAGCACUGUCCUAUUUGAUUCAUACAUGCACAUGAUUUCUUUGAGGAGGAUCACCAGUACCUGGUGCUAGUGAAUAAAACCCUCAAAUAAUUUUCAGAAUUUACUAAUAUGUAAAUCAAAUUAAAAGCCUAAAUGACUCCUAGCAAUGAGCUGUCUAUUGAUUUUAAAAGGAUGUUAGUUAGUAAUCCAGAAAGUAAUAACCAGGGACUUCUUUUAACCAAAUUCAAUCCAGACUCGCUGUUAUACUGAGACAUCAAAGUGGAAUCAACCGGAAUCCUGGUUGACAGCCUUACAUAUAGGCAAAAUUUUAAUUUUUCCCAACAUAUAGUGGUGAUCAGAGGGUUACUGUUAUGAGUAAUCCACCUGAAUAAAGCUAAGAGUGGGAGGUGCUUAUAGUGAGCCCUCGAAGCUCUCUCAUUUCCCUCUCCUCCAUGACAAGCAAAAGCAAAAACCAGAAAUCCAAACAGGCUUUUUACUCAGCCACUGAACAUAUCUCAUAUUAUAGGAAAGGUAGCACUUGAAAAUUCCACCCUCUACCGAUGAGCUUUCCUGCUGCCUGUGGGUAUAACUAAACCAAGAGACUUAAAAACUGCUUCUAGAGCUGGAGGUUGUGUAUGAUUUGAUAUAUACUUGGAAAGUGUAGAUUUAGUUUAUAACUUGAUAGAAGCCUGCAACAUGCCAACCCAGGUUAAUUUAGCAGUUUCUCAUUUUCAUAACUAUGUGAAAACAUCUGGGACUGAAUCACU